ACCCUACUAUACCCUAAUAUCAACAAUUCCCAUCGAUAAGUCGCUCAAUACUAUUGGAUCUUUAUCAAUACCGUUUUCUGUGCCAGAUGGAAUGGUUUUCCAGCGCAUAUAUUCAACUAAACAGAACGAGAACCUAAAAACUCCUCUAACUACUCCGAACCUCCGUCUCGAAAAGUGCCGUUUUAUCUAAAAAUAUCGAAAGACAAACUAUAUUUUUCGAACAUGUACUCUCCAAGUCACUGGGACAUCACUUACAUAAUAAUAAACACCUCACUUGAUGCUGCGACUCGUGCGACAGCGAGGUUUAUGCGUUACUGGUCGCAAAACCUCUCAUCAGAGAGGCUUCUUCACCCUCCCCAACUUCUCGCCUUUCUCGUCCCCAUCGCCUGAAUCUGAUGAACAACCAGCAACACAGACUUACCACGAACGCAAGAUUUUUCCUUACGGACGCAUAGAUCUGUACAACUUAGUCGCAGAUGUUGGUUCAUAUCCCAGUUUUGUGCCAUAUUGCACUGGUUCAAAAAUCUUGGAACAACGUGUGGGCCAGGAUGGUGUGGUCACGAUGGACGCGGAGUUAAUGGUCGGUUUCUUGGCAUUCAAGGAGAGUUAUGUUAGCAGGGUGACAUGUCGACCUUAUGAAUCCGUCCAGGCUGAAGCAUCGAGUUCAACCCCUCUCUUCAAGACCCUUCAAACAACGUGGCGGUUCCAACCAGCUUCAUCAAUAUCCCCUCACCUUUCAAGUGGUAUCCCGCUCCAUUCUGAUGCCAAGAACUCUGUACCUGUGGAUAGCCAUUCUCCUGACGCCAGUCCUACUCUUGUCACACUGGAUAUCGCCUUCGCAUUCGAAAAUCCGUUGCACUCUGCUCUCUCUGCCAGGUUUUUUGGAAAAGUAUCUACGCUGAUGGUGCAAGCCUUUGAAGAACGCUGUCUGGCUGUGUACGGAUCCGGGACCAAGUAAUGUACCAACGUGCAAUGAAAAUUGAUGUUUGAUAAAUUGAAAUGCAUAGAAAUUAAUAUUUGGCACGAUGCAGUGCAUAUGUACGAUUUUGGUAUAUGUAGGCGGAAGUGAGAAAACUACGUGAUCAGAUCUUCCCGUGAGGGGCCGCUGAGACCCUAGAUGUACG